GAAUGUUCCGGGUCAGAAACUGGACGGGAGAGAAAAUUAACUCCGGGACGAGACGGAAAAAGCGAGAAUGCUGCCCGCCUGUGCACUGAGAUGUAGCCUGUGCUUUUUAAAUUAAACGGGAGUGAUUUUAACAGCGACGGGAAGUAAAGAACCAAGUACAGGGGAGAAGAAGAAGAAGAAGAAGAAAACAGGUGCCUUCAAAGUAAAGUGAGACAACGACGGAGAGAAAUCCCCAUGUUCGCCGCGACCUGACGAGCGUUAGCAAGCGUUGUUUACAGCUGGAGUUUCGGUGUUUAGUCGCUCGUGAGUAUCGCUCGGCUUGUUGUUUGACGGUGAAUUAAGUCCGGGACUGUCCCGUCGUAGCAAUCUGUUGCAUCCCUCCUUCCCACUCCUCCCCGUUGUUUGUUUAUUUGUCGCACGAGUACGAGAUUUAUUGCCGCCUCCCCCGUGAUGUUUCACUGUAUCCCCCUGUGGCGGUGCAACCGUCAUGUCGAGAUGAUCGAUAAACGCCACUGCUCCCUGCUCUAUGUGCCCGAUGAGAUUUAUCGCUACGGACGGAGUUUGGAGGAGCUGCUGCUGGAUGCCAACCAGCUCCGAGACUUGCCAAAGCCAUUUUUCCAGCUGGUGAAGCUAAGAAAACUUGGCCUGAGUGACAACGAGAUCCAGAGACUUCCACCAGAAGUAGCCAACUUCAUGCAGCUCGUAGAACUGGACAUCUCUCGAAAUGAUAUUAUGGAAAUUCCAGAGAGCAUUUCAUACUGCAAAGCCCUCCAAGUGGCAGAUUUCAGUGGAAAUCCAUUAACAAGGUUACCCGAGACCUUUCCAGAGCUGCGGAAUCUAACGUGUCUUUCCAUCAAUGAUAUUUCAUUGCAAGUUCUUCCAGAAAACAUUGGAAACCUUUCCAACUUGAUCUCAUUAGAACUCAGAGAAAAUCUGCUCACAUUCCUUCCAGAGUCGCUAUCGUUGCUUCGUAGACUUGAAGAGCUUGACCUCGGAAAUAAUGAACUAUAUUGUCUGCCGGAGUCAAUAGGCGGUCUUGUCAGCUUGAAGGACUUAUGGCUUGAUGGAAACCAGUUGGCUGAAGUACCUGCAGAGAUGGGCAGUAUGAAAAGCCUGGUGUGUCUGGAUGUGUCGGAAAACAAACUGGGGCACCUACCCGAGGAACUGGGAGGUCUCCUGGCACUAACUGACCUGAUGGUGUCACAGAACUUCAUCGAUGCUCUACCUGAUAGCAUUGGAAAACUACGGAAACUUUCUAUCCUGAAAGCUGACCAGAAUAAACUAACUUAUCUUCCAGAGAGCAUUGGCUACUGUGAAAGUCUAACUGAACUUGUGCUCACAGAGAACCAUCUACAGAGUUUACCAAGGACUAUUGGGAGAUUGAAGCGUCUUUCCAACUUCAAUUGUGACAGAAACCAGCUAAUGUCUCUGCCUAAAGAGAUCGGUGGCUGCAGCGGGUUGAAUGUCUUCUGUGUACGAGAGAACAGGCUGACGAGGAUACCGUCAGAGCUGUCCCAGGCCACAGAGCUGCAUGUGUUCGAUGUCUCUGGAAAUAGGCUCACACACUUACCGAUGUCACUGACCACGCUGCGGCUGAAAGCUUUGUGGUUGUCCGAAAACCAGUCGCAGCCUCUCCUCACCUUUCAGACCGAUGAGGAUCCCGAGACGGGCGAGAAGGUGCUCACCUGUGUGCUGCUGCCUCAGCAGCCAUGUGAGGCCGACAACAAAGGUUCUGAUAAACUUGCCCGAUUUGGAGCCCUGGAGAGCCUCGUAAAUGACAUGGCAGAUGACACGUGGGACAACAAAGCCGUGAACAGGACCAGUGCUAUCCACUUCCUGGAUGAUGAUGAUGAUGAUGAGGAUGAUGGAAAGGGAACUCUACUGCGGCGGGCCACGCCUCACCCCGGUGAGCUGAAAACGAUGAAGAAGGCGGCCGAGAACCUCCGCAACGACCUGAAUGCUGCCAAAGGCCUGGACUCCAACAAAAAUGAGGUCAAUAACGCUGCAGAUGGAGUGACCACGUCUGUGUGACCUUUACCUCAGAGAUCUGUUGUUUUUUUUUUUACCUCCUGUGUCUCACCGUGUCGUCCUGCACAGCCCCUGCAGCCCCCAUUUUUUUCUUUUACCUACAAACCCUGGUGUGGCCUACCCCCCCUCCAAUUCAACCCUGGGACGCCUGUAACCUUGCUCCAUGUCCAGUCCUGUGUAAACGCGCGUUUGACUCCGCUCUACCCGGCCGCUGUGCCUUCCUCUUUUCAAUUAAUGUCCACAGCAAUAAUCUGCACAAAGACGCUUCUUUUAAAAGAUAUUUUAAAGAUUAAAAUUUUUUUUAUUUUUUUUUUCAAAAAGCCUCUUUUUAAAAAAAUAUACAUUAGGUAGUUGCACUAUUAUAAGUCUUUAUAAUAUGGUCAAACCUUUUUAAAUGUAUUAUAUAUUUGUUCUAUAUCUAUUUUUAAAACACUGGGUAAAUAUUUCUUUUUACAUUUUGAGCAAACAUAAAGGCAGGAGUUUUUGGACCUACUGAUUUAAGGAUUAUUGUAUAGUCUUUUGUGAAUAUUGAUACUUUUAUACUUUUUGGCAGCUCAGAUGUAAAUACAAAUGUAUAGUAAAUUUCUUAAACAGAUUUUUAAACCUUUUCUUCUCUGUUUCAAACUUGGUUCUUUCUUUCUUUUUUCCUUCCCUUUUGAAAUCAAUCACAAACAAAACACAGCCACUAAUGUCUUAUUCAAAUCAUAUAACUAUUUUAAUUGGGUGAGUGGAUGGCCUUGAAUCUAGUCCUGUAUUUUGGAUAAUAAAUCGGUUUACUUAAUUGAUUAAGUUUGGGUAAGUUUAAGUACCGCCCAUCGAACGUAAAUUAGUUAUCUGCAAUGUGCUAUUGCAGAUAUAAAUGAUAUAAAUAUUAUUUAUGUGUUGUGCUUCACUGCUUUGCAAUAUUCUUUAAAUAGAUGCCAAAACCAGCUGUGUUUUUAUUUUAUUUUUCCCCCCUUUUAUGCACAGUAAUGUUAACAAAAAUCAUCAGACAUUUGGUGACAUCCGAUUAAAAACAAAGUUGCUAGAAGUUCAACUUUAAUUCACAUCUCCCCCCUUUUUUCUGAUCUCAUUCUUUUAUAUGGUACAUGAUAAGUUGUAAUAAUUUGUUUUAAACUUGAUUGCAAAAAUGGUGGACCAGAGAAAUUGGUUGAAGUGUUUUAAAGGUUUAUGUUUUUAAUUAUUUUUCUGAUCAAACUGCACAAGACAGAUCUCAGACAGAUCUGGACAACCUUUUAACCACUGAUCAAUAAAAUGAGUGCAACACCAAA